AUGACAGCUUCGGCCAGCGCAAGAUCUGUUCCUGGAAGUGAAGUAGGGGACGAUCCUCACCAUUCCAUUACCGAGCAGAACCCAGACAACUGUUUUCGUAUUCUUCUCGCUACUGACAAUCACAUCGGAUAUGCGGAAAAAGAUCCUAUAAGAGGUCAAGAUGCCAUCAACACGUUCAGGGAAAUCUUGGAAAUCGGCAGAGACGCGGAGGUCGACUUUAUCUUAUUGGCAGGAGACUUGUUCCAUGAGAAUAGACCAAGUAGGACUUGUAUGCACCAAACCAUAGCCCUCUUGAGGGAAUAUACUUUAGGGGAUAAACCUGUUUCAUUCGAGCUGUUAAGUGACCCAUACGAUGGAAGUGCACCUGGGUUCUCGUUCCCCGCUGUCAAUUACGAAGACCCCAAUCUUAAUAUCGCCACUCCUGUCUUUUCUAUACACGGUAACCACGAUGACCCACAGGGUACUGGUCCGGAAGGAGCACUGUGCGCACUCGAUGUCCUGUCUGUCUCCGGUGUACUGAAUUACUUUGGUAAAGUGGAUCUGCAAGCCGACGAAGCCGCUCCUGACGAUGGGUCGGACAAGGGUAUUCGUAUCAAGCCUAUCCUUCUUCGUAAAGGUUCUUCUCAUUUGGCCAUGUACGGUGUUGGCAAUGUCAAAGAUGCUAGAAUGCACUAUGAAUUAAGGUCAAACAGGGUGAAAAUGUAUAUGCCUGAAGGAGGAGAUGUUCCGGAGGAAGAUUGGUUCAACAUUCUUCUGGUUCAUCAAAACAGAGUCAAACACGGUCCGCAACAAUCAGUACCAGAAGGGAUGUUUGAUGAUUCUAUUCGACUCGUGGUAUGGGGUCACGAGCAUGACUGUCGUAUCACCCCUGAAAAAGUGGAAGGCAAAGAUUACUGGAUCUCUCAGCCUGGUAGUUCAGUUGCCACCAGCUUGGCACCAGGUGAAGCCAUACCGAAACAUGUCGGUAUCAUGUCCAUUCAAGGUUCACAAUUUCAAAUUGCUGAAAUACCGCUCAAAACGGUUCGACCAUUCGAGCUUGACGAGGUGAUCUUAUCUUACGCUGCUGAACAAGGAGUUUUGAGUUUGGAUGAUAAAGAUAGUAUCACAGAUUAUCUUCGAAAAGAGGUUGAAAGACUGGUCAAACAAGCGGAGGUGAAUUGGCGAGAACGAAACCCUGAUCCCAAGGAAAAGAUGAUGUUGCCUUUAAUCAGAGUAAAGGUCGAGACUACCGAUGCGAAGGAGAUGACCAACCCGGUACGAUUCGGUCAACUCUUCGUUGGUAAAGUCGCAAAUCCACGAGAUAUAUUGCAGUAUUACCGAAAGAAAAAGCCUACGGAGAGAAAGGUUAAAAACAACCCCGACCUUCCCGACGAAGACGAAGAAGAAUGGGAAGGUGAGGACGCGUCUAUCUUGACCACGAAUGAUCGACUGGCCAAGUUGCGAAUGGCAAAUUUGGUGAAGCAGUACCUGCAAGCCCAAAACUUGGAAGUAUUGGUGGAGAAUGGCAUGGAAGAUGCUGUUAUGAGGUUUGUGGAGAAGGACGACAAAGACGCCAUCAAAGACUUCGUCUCGGAUACAUUAAAGAUGGUCGGACGGGAUAUGAGAAGUAAGGACAUGGACGAAGAUGAUGUGGAGGACCAUAUGCUACAAGCGAAGGAACAUGCUGCGUCUCAAUAUGCUGAAGCUCGACCUAUUCCCAAGGAAAAGCCAAAGAAGGGCAAAAAAAAGCAGAACGACUCAGAUGAAGAUAGCAUGUUGGAGGAAGAUGAUGAUCAAAUGGAUCUCGAUUCCGAUGGCUCCUUGGCUGAAAGCAAAGCUCCACGUAAGGGUAAAGGUAAGGCUCCUCCAGCUAGAGGAAAAGGCAAAAAACCUUUAUUUGAUGAUGCUUCAGAUUCUGACUCUGAAGAGGAUGAAGAAGAAGAAGAAGUGUUACCAGCUCCUAAAAAAAGAAGUGCAGCUUCGACCGCAACCUCAACUCGAAAGCCUGCUGCUAAAACUACUGCCAGAGCACCAGCUAAAAAGGCCCCUACCAGAGGUGGUGCAAGUGCUAAGGCACCACAACAGUCUCAGUUGACAUUCUCUAAAGGUAAUAAAGCCUCCAAACCUAUUGAGCUUUCCGAUGAUGAAUAA